UCCUAAGAUGGCGGACCGGCGGCGAAGGAGGAGGCGCGCGUCCCAGGACAGCGAGGACGAUGACGAGUCCGGUUCGGGUUCGGACAGCGGGAGGUCGAGCUCCCCGCCCACCAAAGCCCGGGGCCGAGAGCCGGACCCGGCGGAGCCCACGGCCGCACGGCCCGAGGCGAAGAGCGACGUGGAAUCCGAGUGUGAGAGUGAAGAUGGCGUCGGAGAAGCUGUUCUCUCUGACUACGACAGUGCAGAUCCGGAGGAAAACGGAUCUCAUUCAGAGGAGGAAGUAAACUCUGUGUUCCCUCAGGGGGCGGAGGAGGAAGAGGAGGUAGAGCAGUACAGCGACGAAGAGGCUCCGGCAGCUGCCAGCGAACCCAAGCCGACCAGCGCCGCCACCACCGGGCCGACGCCAGGAGGGGAAGAGGAAGAGGAGGCGGAGGCUGAAGAGGAGGAAGCUGAAGGAGACGGAGGAGGACGAAGUAAAGAGGAGAACAAAGCUGAGGAGAAAGAAAACCUGGCAGGAGAGAGGCAGAGUGGAGACGGACAGGAGUCCACAGACGAUCCAGAGACGAAGGCCGGAGGGAAACCGGGUCAGCAGCUGGACGAUGACGAGGACCGGAAGAACCCGGCGUACAUCCCCAGGAAAGGUCUGUUCUUCGAGCACGACGUCCGAGGCCACGCUCAGGAGGAGGAGAGACCUAAAGGCAGAAACAGGAAGUUGUGGAAGGAUGAAGGCCGCUGGGAGCACGACAAGUUCAGGGAGGAGGAGCAGGCUCCGAAGAGCCGCGAGGAGCUGAUCGCCAUCUACGGAUACGACAUCAGGAACGGCGGCGGCGCUCCAGGAGAUCGAGCGUUCAGACAGCGCCGACCCAGACAGAGUUUGUCUCCCAGUAGAGACAAGCGAUGGAGGGACGGAGACCGACCAGUCCGGUCCUGGCAGGCUGGACCAGGAGGUCCGACCCGAGGAGGAGCUGCUCCACCUUCAAACAUCCACCCCCCGUCUUCCUCCCUGCUGUCGGCUCAGCGUAACUCCAACCCCUCCAGGCCGCCGCCCUCCCGCAGCAGGCCGACCCACCAGAACCAGCACCAGAACCAGCUGCACCUCCAGCCUCAGAACCAGUACCGGAGCACCGAGCCGCCCCAGAUGCACCGAGACCGACCCAAAGCCCAGUCGGAGACAGCAGGAGAGCGGGCGGGUCGGGGAGGGCGAGGUGGUGGGUCGAGAGGAGGUCCGUCUGUGGUCGUCGAGGACAUUACGGUCAGCAGCACCGCUGAACCGGACCUCAGCCCGGCAGCUGUGACGACAGCGGCGUCCCCUCAACCCGGAUACCAGACGGCUUCACCCAGACGUCAGCAGCAGGAUCAGCGAGGCGCCGACCGGUCCGGUUCGGCGGCAUCCUCCUCCGACCCCUCCCCCCAGUCAUCAGCUACACCGACCAAUCGGGAGGCUUCUCCUCCCGCCGAGCGGCCGGUGGAGCGGAAGUCGUACUCGGCGGCCCGCAGGACUCGGUCCCGGCCCGCGGACCUGGGCAGCAAACAGACGUCCGUGGAGGAGUCGGGGGCCGGAGGUGGAGCCUCGUCCCCCGGCAGCGCAGGGGGGAAGGGCUGGACGGGAGGAGACGGGCCGGGCCAGGGAGGACUGACCGAGCUGGACCAGGACCUGACCCGCCUCAGUCUGACCCGACAGAGCUGGAGCCAGAGCCCGACGUCCUACAUCCGCUCAGAGAUGAGAGGCAUUCCCAACGCCCUGCACCUCCCCGGCGGCCCGCCUCAGUUCUCCAGUAUGGACGAGAUGGGCGUCGGGUCCAACCGGGCCAAACGAUACUCAUCCCAGCGCCAGAGAGCCGUUCCAGAACCGGCGCCGCCCAUCCACCUGGGAGUGAUGGAGGGACACUACUACGAGCCCAUGUCGUACCAAGGACCAAUCUACGCUCACGGUGAAGGCCCCGCCCCCAUCCCGCCGCAAGGCAUGCUGGUCCAGCCGGAGAUGCACAUCCCCCACCCCGGUCUCCAUCCCCACCAAUCAGGUGGCCCCAUCGCUAACCCCGCCCUCUACGGAGGCCCACCUGUAUCUCUGUCGCCGGGGCAACCACAGCAGCUGCUGCCGCCGCCUUUCUACCCUCCGCCAGGCGUCAUGACCUUCCCAUACCCCACCAUGUACCCAAACCCACAGGGCCAGUCCCAGGUGACCUAUGGAGGUGUGACCUACUACGACACGAUGCAGCAGCAGGCUCAGCCCAAGCCUUCGCCGCCUCGCCGAACGUCUCAGCCCGUCACCGUGAAGCCCCCCCCUCCUGAAGUGCCCUUCGCCUCAGAGUGACUCCGCCCCUCAGCCCUCCCUCACCUGUCUCAGCCUCACUCUGAUCCAGGAACUACAGGAGCGGGGUGGGAGGGUCGGUGAGGAGUCGUAGUCGCCACCGGCAACCAACGCCGGCGAGGGAGGGCGGGACUAAUGGACAGACAGGUGAACGGACUCUGCAGGUGACCCACAGCAUCACUGGUGGAUUAAGACUUUAUUUUCUAUUCGGUUCCCUUUUCGUUUCCAGCCCUGUAGCAGUCGGACUGUGGCCAGUUCGAAUCCCGCCGACGUGUCUCUGAACCAGACUGUCGAGUUCAAACCCUUUAGAGCCGUCGGUGCUGUUAAAGUCCAGUUAAAAUAUUUUCCUUUUUUCACGGUGAACUCUUCUGUUGGUUUCCAGCUAUGUUAACGGUUAACGUGUCAUUUUCAUCGUUUUAAGAAGAAACUGAAUUUCCGAGCAGUUUGAGGAUGUUUGAAUCCGACCAGGUGCUUCCACGAGUCUCCGUCACGGCAGGUAUUGGUUAUUUUUGGAUGUUUUUUCCUUCUACUUUUCAGUUGUUUCUUUUCUUUAAAGGGUAAAUCAGCGCUGCAGACUCACCUUCAGCCUUUUAUCAUCAUCAUUUAAAUCUCUAAACACAAAAUAGAUGAUUUAUAAUAUAGAUGAAAGUUCCUAAUAAUGUAUGAAUGGCUGUGACUCUUCCUGUGGACAGUGAUGCAAUUAUAAGACUUAAAAACUACAUUUAUUCUAUGUCGUUUAUUGAAGAGUUAAUCACCGUGUUCAGGCUGCAGCCAACGGUUAUUUUUCUGGAUGAGUCGAUGGGCCGUUUGGUCUAAAAUGAUAAAAAAUGUGAUUAAAAAAUGUCUUGUUUUGUCCAAAGAUCUUCAGUUUGCCGUCACAGAACAGGAAAGAAACCAGAAAAUAUCAUAGAAUUUACAGUUUUUAUUAGAAAGUUCAUCAAACCGAUGAAUAAAUUCUCAAAGUAUUUGUGGAUUUAUAUUAAAUUCGACAACUAAUUGAUUAAUUAGUGAAAUAAAAAUGUUUCUGAUGAACGCAGAAGCUCGAGGGUCAUAUUAGACCUGAAAGAUUUUUCUUUUUUAAUUGAUUUUCUGAGCAAAAAUGUUUAAUUUGUGGCAUCCAGCUGCUCAGAUUUGAGUAUUUUGGUCUUUCCUUUUAGUUUCUGGCUUUAAACUGACAGAAAUUCAUCAGUGCAGUGAUCAUAUUUAUGUUUCUGCAGGAGUAAAAACCUCAAACUGAGAUCACACUUUACAUUUUCUCUGCUCGUCAAACCAACCGGCAGUAAUUUAGACGAGCGAUUUAACAUUUAGGUCGAUUAUGUGGCUGCAGGAUUCUCUGAUUUGACUUCUGACGGAAACUUCAGACGAUUUUCUGACAUUUUGUAGACAAAACUCACAAUUUUUUUUAUUAAUAAGCAACUCAGAAGCAUGUAAUAAAUGCAGUUAUAAGGACAUUUUAAGGUUUCAUUCUUGGAUUAGUUUUCAACCAUUAAAUUAAACUGAAGAUCUUUGGAUAAAACAUGAUUUUUCACCAUUUUAUUUUUAUUUAAUCAUCAAACAACUACUCGAUUAAUUGGAAGAUGCAGCAUUUAGCGGAUUAAUCCAGUAUUUGUCAAAUAUUUCAUUUACUGUCAACCAUUUUUUCAGCUUCUAAAAUGUAAACAUCUGGUUUCUUUCCUCCUCUGUGCUUUAAUCGGCAUUUUUCACUACAUUUUUGACACUUUUAUAUCAAAAACUAAUAAAUAAAUCAAGAAGAUUCAAGGGUUAGUUGUCAAUUAUUAAAUUAAUUGACAAUUAUUUUGUGUUUAAUAACAAAAACGAUCUAAAUUCAGUGAUUGCAGCUUCUUGAUUGUGAAUAUUUUCUUCAUUUUUCCUCUUCUAUUACAGGAAAUGGAAUAUUUUUGGGGCUUUAAUCAAAAUUUCAUACAUUAAACAAGUGGUAAAUUAAUGAAGAAGGUGCAACAGUUAAUGAUUAAAUCAGAUAAUAGACAACUAUUUUGUGUUUAACGUUAUAAAAACUG